CAGAAAUUGGUAAAACUAGACCUUUCAGGAAACGGAAUUACAAAUUUUGAAAGCAUCAGCUGCUUGACAAAUUUGGACACUCUUCUCUUAGCACGAAAUAAAAUAUUACAUGUUAAAACGAAACUUUUUUCGGAUUGUCGAUGUUGCGUGUAUUAGAUUUGUCGAACAACGACAUAAAAGUGCUUGAACCGAACACCUUGUCAGAUACCUCGCUGUUUCUUCACAGUGCAAAUUUCCGUCAAAACCAAAUGAAGACCAUAGACAUAACCAACGCCGUCAUUGAAAACCCAUUCUGCAAAAUCGAUUACUCAGACAAUAAAAUCACCGAUUUUACAAAUGAAGUUUCUUUUCAAAUUAAUCCAGAUAAAAUUUAUGGCGACGGAGGUUAUAUCGAUUUAGCUGACAACGUGUUUCAAACAUGGAUUAACUUUACUGAUUUGGGCUUUCCUGAUCUUAAUUAUUUUGGAAAGGUUGUUUCCUAUGGUUUUGAUUUACGAAGAGCAAACUGGACCUGCGACUGUAAAAUGCAACCAUUUUUGGAGAAAGUGAAGCCUUAUUUAGGGAAAAUAUGGAGGGAUUAUUACAAUAUAACGUGCACAGAACCUUCCGAAUUGUCAGGGGUCUCUAUUGCAGAUAUGUCCAUGAAAAACAAAUUGGAUAACUUUAUAUGCAAUAUUUCAGUUACCAGUGGAUGUCCUCUUGGUUGUCAUUGUUACGAACAGCCCAGCGAGAGGCGAACUGUGGUAAACUGUACGGGAGUAGGCUUAACAACAAUGCCCUCCAAACUUCCUGCUUUCAGUAAUAUUGAGCUAUUAUUGGAGAACAAUUUAAUACACGAACUAGGCGACAUAGAAUAUUUAACACAACUUAAAAAAUUGGAAAUUAACAAUAAUCCGCUCCGGAAGAUUUCAUCAGCUUUAGCUAAACGAAUAAAAUACAACGUUGAUAUCAGUUUAAACUGCACGAAUCUGGAGAAAAUUCCGAUUACGUUUAAACAAUUAGACCAACAUCGAGUGAAAUUAGGCGUUUGCAAUAUAACCUGUGACUGCUCGUCCAAAUGGGUAAAAGAAUGGAUUUCUGCAAAAUCUGAUAAUUCUAAUCACAAUGAAUUGUACUGUAAAACAUCUGGGGGGAAUAUUCCUAUUAUUUCAUUUAACUUUGAUGCAUUGGAUUGCGCGGUCGACCAGUUCCUAAUUUACAUUGCUAUCGCUCUAGCUUUGUUUUUAAUUAUUUUGUCGGUUUGUAUGUUUGUGCUAUAUAAUUACCGGUAUGAAUUAGUCCUUAUUCUCAAUAACCCAACCAUUGGAAGAGAAAAUAUGGUCUCAAUGCUAUACGAUAUCUAUAUCGUUGUAAAUGAAAAUAAUGAUGAGGCACUUUUAUGGACAAAGACGGUUUUAACCCAUAAACUAAAAAGACUCGGGUAUAACACAUACUUUCCAUUCAGGGAUUACAUUUUUGGAGAUUUAAGAGAGGAACAGAUUAUUCAAAUGCUAUCGAAGAGCAGGGAUGUUAUUGUUCUUCUAACAUCAGAAUUUAAUUUAAAUGAGGAAAAUUUAAAUACGCUUUACGCGAAUUUGGAAUGGCGCCAUGCUUGGAACAAUUUCAAAACCAAUUCCAGUGAGCGAAACCUUAUUGUUAUCAAUUUCGAUCAGUUGAAAGCAGGGGAUUUUGACGUAUCUCCCCUAAAGGCGUUUCUCCGUCUGAAGAUGACGUUAGAUUUUGCAGACAGAAGUCACAGCCUUAUGGGAGACCUGCUGGCAAGAAUUGGGCCCCCGUCUCGUGUAAAUAAAAAACCAAUCUACAAACAGGCACACAGGGAUCACACACAAUUUAUUAAGCUGUAUUUUGAGUAAAAAAAGAUUGCACUUUGGACUGAAUGCUUAUAAUGGAUAUUAUAAUAACCUGAAUAUUUUACAUUAUUUAUCAAAAUGUAAAUAAAAAAUGCAUAAACGCAUGUUCAUAUUAAAUAAUUCCUUCUAUAUGUUGUUAUUUCAAGA